AUGGCUGUCACUCUGUUCGCCCCAGAUGAAUUUGAUGUCUCGCAUGCAGGUGUUGGAUAUCUCGUUCCGAAUAUGCAAAUUAAGAUACUCAAAGAUGAUGGUCAAAUGGCUGGAUACGAUGAAGAAGGAGAAGCACUGAUUAGAGGACCAAACGCCUUCAAGGGAUAUUACAGAAACCCAGAGGCAUCGAGGGAGAUCCUAGAGGGUGGGUGGCUCAAGACUGGAGAUAUUGUCACGAUGGACAAGGGUGGACUCUUAAAAAUUGUCGAUCGCAAGAAGGAGCUCAUCAAAGUGAAGGGCUUUCAGGUAGCCCCCUGCGAGAUUGAGGGGGUACUUCUCGAACAUGAGCAUGUCAUAGACUGUGCAGUCGUCCGAGUGAUUAGAGACGGACGAGAACAUCCACGAGCAUUUAUUGUACGCAGCGAUAACAAGAUCACUGGUACAGAUAUCAUGGAAUUCCUGGAAGCGCGGCUCUCAGCGCAUAAAAAGCCUACUGGAGGAAUCGUAUUUGUGGAUGCCAUACCUAAAUCGCCGUCGGGCAAGAUUCUGCGUCGGAUGCUACAAGAGCCGGCAUCUAGAGAAAUAGCUCAUCUCUAG